AUGCCAGCAGUCUCCAUCUCAUUGGGUAAUGUCAUGUUUUGCUACUCUGUUCUGUUACAGCUAGGUAAAGGAGCCGUGUCCCAUGCGUUCACAGAGAAGAGCUGUAGGAAGAAACGACCAUGCGAAGUGUGUAGACAGACCAUCGACAUCCCUGGGGCUUUCUGUAAGGAGUGCAAGACAGCCGUUCAUAAAAAAUGUGAAGCCAAGUUCCCAGGCCAGAGCUUCGGGCGACAGUUCCCAGGCCAGAGCUUCCGGAGACAGUUCCCAGGCCAGAGCUUCGGGCGACAGUUCCCAGGCCAGAGCUUCGGGCGACAGUUCCCAGGCCAGAGCUUCGGGCGACAGUUCCCAGGCCAGAGCUUCGGGCGACAGUUCCCAGGCCAGAGCUUCGGGCGACAGUUCCCAGGCCAGAGCUUCGGGCGACAGUUCCCAGGCCAGAGCUUCGGGCGACAUAAUGUGUCCUCUCUCUUUAUGCCUCUUUCUCAGCAGGGGUCCACUAAGUCCCUGUCCCAUAAGAAGAGGAUCUUCCUUCCCAGGAGUAAGAGUGGGGAGUGUGCGAUGGAGAGAGUGAUGGCGAGGCACUAUGACUUUGACCUCACCUACAUCACCGAGAGGAUCAUCUCUGUUUUCUUCCUGCCCGAUCUGGAAGAACAAUGUUACCGCGGCAACUUACAGGAAGUGGCUGCCAUGCUCAAGUCCAAACACCAAGACAAGUUCCUGCUCUUAAACCUGUCUGAGAAGCGUCAUGACAUAACCAGACUCAACCCCAAGGUUGAAGACUUUGGUUGGCCAGACCUGCACGCCCCACCCCUGGAUAAGAUCUGUGCCAUAUGUAAGGCCAUGGAGACCUGGCUCACCUCUGACCCCGGCAACGUGGUCGUCCUGCACUGCAAGGGAAACAAGGGGAGAACGGGGGUCAUCGUGGCGGCCUACAUGCACUACAGCAAGAUCUCCGCAGGGGUGGACCAGGCCCUGACGACUCUGGCCAUGAGGAAGUUCUGUGAAGAUAAAGUGUCCUCCUCACUUCAGCCCUCUCAAAACAGGUAUAUCUACUACUUUGGGGGUCUGCUGUCAGGGGCGAUCAGGAUGAACAGCAGACCUCUGUUCCUCCACCAGGUCCUCAUCCCCAGCCUGCCCAACUUCCAGGCAGCAGGAGGAGGUUACUAUCCUUUCCUGAAGAUCUACCAGUCUCUACAGCUGGUCUACACAUCAGGCAUCUAUGAUUGCCUAAGUCCUAAGUCUCAAACCCAGUGUCUGUGUAAAUAAUAGUGUGGCCACUUAAUCGCUCUCUGUGUUUCUCUUCCUUGUCUCUUUCUCCAGGUGAAGUGCUAUCACCGGCGGCCGCGUGGCUCAGAGAGGGAGGCAGUGUUCAGGCUGCAGUUCCACACCUGUACGGUGCACGGAGCUCAGCUGUGGUUCGGCAAGGGAGAGCUGGACCUGGCCUGUGCAGAUGACCGGUUCCCUCCAGAUGCUACAGUGGAGUUUAUCUUCUCCUACGGCCCAGAGAAAAUGAAAGGGCGAGAGUACCGUAAGAAUGACCCCUCUGUUACAGUGGACUACAGCACUUCAGACCCUGUGGUGCGCUGGGACUCAUAUGAGAACUUCAACCUUCACCACCAGGAUAGCAUUGAGGACAUCUCCCACACGCGGGGCCCCCUGGAUGGCAGUCUGUACGCCCAGGUGAAGAAGCGUCGGGGCCCGGGCUCUGUCGGUGCCUCUGGGGUCUCUCCCAACGGAUGCCCCCCAAGCAGCCCCACAAACAAGCCCCCUUCCCAGGCCCAGCCUCAAACCCAGCCCCUUUCCCUCAGCUCCGACUCGGGGCACUCCUCCACCCCCUCGGAACACCUGGAGGAACCCCCUCCUCGCCCCCUGUCCCGUCUGGAGAAAGAGAAGAAAGAGAUGGACUGUCUUCUGAGUAGGAUAGAGGGGGAGGGCGAAGAGAGGGAUAGGGCGAGACAGAGGGACAGGGAGACGGCCAUUUUGGAUGACAGAGUGUCUGUGCCGGACGGAGGGUCAAGGCGGGAGCAGCGGUCAUGUUGCGUUCCAGCUGGCCAUGGUUCGAGAUGCCAGAGGUGUGGGGAGGCACCGGGUUGGGAGAGGGUGAGAGAGAGGGAGCCAUGCCUUGCAAAUGGACAUUAUAUGGACCGCUGUAACAGAACCAAGGGGAAUCCAAAGAGCCGAACGCUUCCCGCCUUACCCUCCCAGCAGCCUGCAUCUCCUCGCCCUCUCUCGCCCCACCUGGACUUGUGCCAUCGCCAUAGCGCCCAUCCCCUGCCCGAGUUGCCGUGGGAACACCCCCCGCCCCCCUUACCCUGUCUCCAUCGCCCCUGCUACCCCUACCCUGCCCCUGAACACGUCCACCCACACGCCCACACCCUCCCAGCCUCCAAUAGGGUCUUCUGCGGCGGGGAGGAAUGUCAGCUCUUUCAUUACGCCGCCCACGCCCCCCUUUCCCCUCGUGUCUCCCACCAAUCGCUGCCCUCCAGUCCAUAUAGGGAGAUGUUUUUCAGACCGGCAGCUCCUCCCCCUGGUGGCUGCCCAUGUCGGGACUGCACCUGCAGGCGAGGGCACCAAUCGGCUUCAGCCAGAGCCUUCCACCCGCUGCGCCCGGACCAACCACAGAGCCCACACUGGGCUCGAGGGCGGGACUCUGAGCUGUGGGACAGGGAUGCCGGGUUGAGGCGGGGGAGGGAGGGGCCUUCUCAGCUUUGGGAGGCAGAGAAUCUAUGGGAGGCGGAGCGAGAGGCAGAGAUUUGGCAGCGUUCAGUGGGAGGGAUGUCGUCCUAUAGAGGCCAUCACUCCCCUCUGGGUCAAGGUCACGACCCUUCUGUUUUCCUGCUAGGCCCUAACCUGCCUGGGUAUCCCAGCCCCCACCCCCUCCUGGACAGCCCCCGUGGCAGCAGUGGGUACCACACCCCUCAACCCCCCCUACACUCCUGCCCCUGCGAGCCCUACCAGCAGGUCUCCCCCUCGGAGAGCCACGGGAGCCGGGGGUACGCCUCGGGGUACCAGUCCGGGUCUGCCUCGCCCCUGCCCCCUGGUGGCACAAACUCUGGUGCCUCCCCCUCGGAACCACCCACCGACCGGCAGCAACAGACUGAUGGACACACUGAGGUGGUGCAGAACAUUGUGGGUAUGGAGGACUGUUCUUCCCAGGGGUCAUUGGGGCAAGCAGAGAUUGACAGACAGCCCGCUUGCCCCACCCCCUUAUCAGACUCUGAUCCAGACUACACAACUAUCACCGGCAGUUCUCCAACUACAGCUGAAGAUGGAGAAUUGAAGGUUGUAGAGAGUGAAACAAAGGGAUCUAGCGGUACUGAGAUGUCCACUCAGGCCGCCUCCGUCCCGAGCCCAAGGAAUUCAUUCGGCCCAGUCCAAGUGCAACUCAAUGGCACCGCUCUCCCUAGUGACUACCCCCUGUCAGAAAAGGGCAGUGGCACAUCCCUGACCGCUUGUUCCAGCCCCAGCUCUGUCCCUCCCUCUCCGCACCUUUACAUUGGCUCCCCAGAGCGACGCCCCUCCCCUCAGCCCUCUCCAUUGGCCACGGACCCAGCUGGGCGAAGACUGACCCAUGUGAGUGACAGCGACCCCAAACCCCCGUCGCCUGUCCCAGAUGGGUACAACACCCCAACCUUUCCCCUGGCGUCCUAUUACUACCCUCUACUCAACGUGCCACACGUCCCCUACACGGGCUACACCGCCGUCACCAUCCCCGCCGCACAGCCCCCGCUCCCCGAAAAGAGGCGCCUGUCCUCCAUGCCAGGGUCCCCCAACGGUUACGGCUCACAGUCUCUUCUCAGGGCCUCUCUGGGUGCCGUAGGACCCAUGGGUCUCUCUCCCCAGUCCAGCCUCCUCCAGGUCACUUUCUCACCCUCGGUGGGGGAGCUCCCCCCAUCUGUCAGACGAGGACUGGCACACCCUGGUGUCAGAGAGGAGGUGGAGAGCAGCAAGGUCAAUGCCAAGUUUGUCCAGGACAGCUCCAAGUUCUGGUACAAGCCUAGCAUCUCAAGAGACCAAGCCAUCGCUGUGUUGAAGGACAAGGAGCCAGGGUCCUUCCUGAUCCGGGACAGUAACUCCUUCCAAGGGGCCUACGGCCUGGCCCUCAAGGUGGCCAGCCAUCCUUCAAACAACGUCAACAACGCUUGCCUCGAUUCUCAGGCGCAGCUAGUCAGACAUUUCCUCAUAGAGACGGGCUCGCGGGGGGUCAAGAUAAAGGGCUGUCAGAACGAGUCCUAUUUCGGAAGUUUAUCUGCCUUAGUGUACCAGCACUCCAUCACUCCUAUCUCCCUGCCAUGUGCCCUGUGCAUCCCAGAGAAAGAUCUGGUUGGAGAGCUGCAGGAGAUGCAUAGUUCCAGCAACACCAGUACUGCAGCGGACCUCCUCAAACAGGGCGCAGCCUGUAACGUACUCUACCUGAACUCUGUGGAGACAGAGUCACUGACCGGGCCUCAAGCUGUCUCCAAGGCGACCAGGUGCACUCUGACCCAGAGUCCUCGGCCCACAGCCACAGUGGUCCACUUCAAAGUGUCCACUCAGGGUAUCACGCUGACCGACAGCCAGAGAAGACUAUUUUUCAGGAGACACUACCCCAUCAACAGUGUGACCUUCAGCAGCGUGGAGCCUCAGGAUCAGAGGUGGACUAAUUCUGAUAAGUCAAGCAAGGUGUUUGGUUUUGUGGCCAGGCGGACGGGCAGCGCAUCGGAGAACGUGUGUCACCUGUUUGCUGAGAUGGACCCGGAGCAGCCAGCUGUGGCUAUCGUCAACUUUAUCAACAAGGUCAUGCUGGGACCCCAACAGCAACGCAGAUGAGCUAGGGCCCCCAGAGCAAUAGCCACAACAGGGGAUAACAGUGUGUGGGUCACAGUGUGUAAAUUGGUGGGCGAUAAUAGUUGGGUAUGUGUUUCUGCAAAUUGGUCAGUGUGUUUGUGUGUACAAAGUGGUGGGUGUGAGUGUGUGUACAAGGUGGUGGGUAUGGGUUUGCAAA